AGGGGGAGUCUGAGGUGCCAGAAACAGGUCAUAUAAAAAAGUUUCUUCUGGAAUCUUGAGACAUAGCUUCUUCAAAAGGAUUGUUCUUUUAAUGUCAAUAAGCAGCUCUACAAUGAGAGUAACUAGCAUAUUCCUUCUCCUUGCAGUGGGGAUCUUCUGUUCCUCAGGCAACGCAGAAACUGAUGGUGGCAACGGUGAGGCAAGAGAGCCGGCCUGUGAAGGUUAUGAAACACCAGGUUGCCCUAAAAUUUUUGAUCCCGUCUGUGGCACUGACCAAGUGACCUAUCCCAAUGAGUGUACCUUGUGCAGUACAAAUCAGCAAAAGAAUGUACAAGUCAAAAUUAAGAAGGCUGGAAUUUGCUGAGAGUGUUGAACAUGCAUAAUUUUUUUGCUGAAGAAUUUAGGAGUGGUCUUCCUGGCUUUCUCUGAUGAAGAUGCACAGAGUUAAUAACUGCUUGUUAUUACUAUUUUACAGAUUUUUUUAUCAAUAAAACAAUAGCAU